AUGCCUAAUCCACCGAACCCCUUUGCUGCGAUCGCUGCUGGCCAAAAAGAUGGAGGCGCCUCCGGACGCGGUCGUGCGUCGAACAGUAGUCGCGCAGCACCCUACCAGAGCCGGAAUACCAAAGAAUCAAAGUCGAAGGCUCGAGGACGGCUGAGGAGUGCAAGCGGUCGCUCUGGCUCGUCGUCGUCGGACGCCCAUGGCGCGCAGAAGAAGAAGCAGGAGCGGCCCAGCGAUGCACCGGCGUCGACUUCCCCCUUCGCGCAGCUCAAGUCGAACGGCGUCACCAGCCAAUUCGGCAAGCCCUCGCUUUUCCCCGGCGCUGCUCAGGGCUCUCAGGCCUUUGGGGUGCCCUCUCUUCCACAGUUUGGGGACUCUGUCGACCGGAAUAGGGAUCCUCGGCGUCGACCUGCUCCUCAGAGACCGGCGCCCAGCAAGGCGGCAAUGUCUCAUGUCCCUGUGGAAGAUGCGAAAACAAUCAAUGCUUACCAUGAACGCUACGAGAAGCUUAAACUCGACCGAGCGAAGCAAAGAGAACGAGCCAUCAGACAAGGCCAGAUGGCAGAUCCUAACCAGCCGACAUCGUUAAACAAGGCCAUCACUCCUGUGGGCACCUGCACGAGCAUGUGUCCCGAGUUCGAGCGGGUGGAACGGAUCGUUCAGAAGAUGGUCGACAAAAGCGAAAAGUAUCUUCACCCCGCGACAAAUGCGUACCAAAACAUGGAAUCGAAGAUGUUGAAACGGUUCCGGAGAUCGGCUGCUGGUUACGAUGAACAGCUGCCGUCGGAUAUUCGCACGCCCAAGACGCUUCUCCAAACCAUGAAUUACCUGAUCCGACACGUCAUAGGCGGCCCGGAACCUCUUGGGCUGAUCCAUAAGUUUGUCUGGGACCGUACUCGAUCGAUCAGAAACGACUUUUCCGUCCAACAGCUGACGCAGGAGGAUCAUGUCCGCAUGGCGGUGACGUGCCUUGAGCGAAUCGCUCGCUUUCACAUCGUCUCGCUACAUUUGCUGUCUAGUCCUGCCAAUCAAGAGCAGUUUGACCACCACCAGGAACGAGAACAGCUGAACAAUACCAUGCUUUCGCUCAUGUAUUACUAUGACGACAACCGGGGUCGCAUUACCUUUCCUAAUGAGGAAGAGUUCCGCGCGUACUACAUUGUCUUUGCUAUUCACGAUCAACGGCCGGAUCUGGAGAGCCGUAUGCAAAAGUGGCCCAAGGAGUUGCUUCAAUCCCCCAAGGUCCGAGUGGCCUUGGAGUUGCUUGCUGCAGCCAGCAAUACGUGGGAAUAUCAGGGCACUCUGGACGAGAAGCGGCCAAAUGCAAUUGCCCAGGGUUUCUACACUCGAUUCUUCAGUCUGGUGGACUCUCCCAGUGUGUCGUACCUGAUGGCAUGUGUUGCAGAAAUCUAUUUCAAUAACGUGCGCCAAACUGCCAUCCGAUCGAUCUGGAAGGCUUACUGCCGUUAUCCGCUUUCUCAACAGCAUAAAAACGAGGAAUGGACGUUGGCUGAGCUGACGAAGGCGCUCUAUUUCGACAACGAGGAUCAAGCGCGCCAAUUCUGCGAAGAACAGGGACUCGAUUUUGCUGAGAACAGUGAGGGACAAUUGUACCUGGACUGGGGGAGUCGCCCUAUCGAUUCUGUUGACUUCCAACCUUCGUCGAAACAUGCCUUUUCCGAAAAAUACGUGGAAUCGAAACGCGGCGGGAGAACGUUGGAGGCGGUCAUCCUUGGCUUGAAUAUCAAGCAAGCAGCAAGGCAUGGGAUGAUUGACCGCUCGCUCCUCGCAACCCGCACGGUUCCAUCACAGGCAGCAAGCGUCUCGGAGGCUUCAGAAGAGGAUGAACUCUUCGUCGGCGAGAAAGAGAGCGAGGUCUCUGAGCCAGAGACUCGAGUAAAUGGCCAUUCUCCUCGACAGGUCGAGUCUGACUCGGCGGAGUCUGUUUCCAGCGUUCACGAUUCCGAUGGUCUGGCGGCGCAACCCGCUGCCCAGACUGCUGAAUCCAAGCCGACCUUCUCCUCUUUAUUUGGAGGUUUUGGCGGAAAGCCUUCUAACCCAUUUGCCUUGCAGUCACAGCCUAGCCAACCAUCCCAGAAACAAGAACUUUUCCCUUCUACAGCUCCAAAACAAGAAACUCCCUCGAUCUUUUCGCAAACACCAACCCCUUCCUCUACCCCAGAUGUACCGAGCCCCAAACCGGCAACGUCGAGUCUAUUCCAGCCCUCUCAAACAUCUCCCUUCGCUGCAACAACGGCGAAGCCUUUCUCUCUUGCUGGUGGAACUGCACUUGAUACUUCGCAGGCUGCAGAGAAGUCUGCCAAUGCUUUUGAUUCAGUCAAGACGAACAAUAUCUUCGGGACCACUCCUAGCUUUUCAUUCACUCCUAAUCAGAGCCAGUCUGCAAGCACUAGCUUUGGCAGUGGCUUGUUUUCAACGCCUGCACAAAAUGGCGAGAGCAAAGUUGGAAAGACGCCAGUCACAUUCGGUCAGAAAAAUGGCGUAUCUCCACCCAGCACUGAGGAACGCCCAGCUAUCUUCCCGAAAGCUAAACCAGCAACUCCACCUGUAACGACUCCGCCGUCAUUCGUUUCGAGUCCUAUUGCCACUCCUAAAACAGCUGCGACAGCCACUCCGCCAUUACUUUCCACAUCCCAACAGGGUGUGCCAACCACUGUCCAGGAUUCUAAUCCGCCGGUAGAACAAGGUACACCAAAGGCCGCUCCCACGACCGAGACGGUUCCUUCCGUUGAGUCAGACAUCUCUGCAUCGCCUGAGACGGAGGAAUUUCGCAAGUCAUGGGUAGAGGCAUUGCGAAAGUCCGUCGGCGGCAGACGUCAGGAUUCCCCUCCCAGCCGUAAGAGGCGAUUGGAAGAGGAAGAGGAAUCGCCGUCUCCUGAAGAAGAGAGUCCUAAAGAGGAGAAUGUUUCCAAGCCAGAGAAAGCUCGUCCGAAACGAAAGUCGCUGGCGCUUGCGUCGAUAGCACCACUCCCGACUCUUCCGAUCCUUGAAGAGGUGAAGAAGAUGACGACGAAGAGGAAGCCUCCGCCGAAGGAGGAGACGAAGACGCGGGCACAGACGCAGAUAGACGAAGACGAACUUCUUCUGUCGGCGGCGCGAAUCGCGGCAGAGUCGUUGAAGAAUGGGCCGAAGCUGUUUGAAAAUGUGUCGGAGUACGCCUACGCCGAGCCACCACGCACCUCGCAACGCAGCCCAUGGUCGGCCAGGAAAAAGCCUCUACCGGGCGGGUAG